CACCGCUGCCGUGUAGAGGCGAUGCCUUGAUGCCUUCCACUACCGUGCGAAGGGGGAGGGGGACGAACAGGUUAGCCACCUGAGUAAAGACUCUGAAGAUAGCCAACUUAGUCGAGAACGAGUUAACGCGCAAGCGAGUUUACGCAACUCUCUCGCAGGAUACCUUGCUCCUGUUUUUCGAUUUUAUCCCCGCGUUUAUUGCACUCUCCGCGGGGUUUCUCGUUGACCGAUUUCGUUUUGAGCCACCCUAUGGUCACUUGAUAGUAUGUCAAUGUUAUUGCGGUGACACGGUGAAAUUAUGUGACUUUUAUUGAGUGCUUUCAGUGACUUAAGUUCAUGUUGCGCUAAUAUGACCCCAUGGGAUUAUUGAAUUCACCGCUUUAAAGAAUCGAAAUGUCGGACGUCCCCACUUCCGUCGAAGAACGUCCCAUCUCCCUCUCCUGCAGGGACUUCCCCCUGCAAUCUCCCAGAAGCUCAUCAUCCAGUCGAGCUUCAUCCUCUUUCGAGUCCCAGUUACAGUACCACCACCAAUUCCCACUACCAACAACCAUGUCACACCAGAGGGAAUCCUCGGCAUUCGUACCAGUUGUACCUACCAGAAACAUGCACCCCAUGCUCUACCCUGGGGACAUCCACCCCCUCCUCGGCACAGAACUGAUUAGAGAUAGCAGGGAUCGCGAGAACUCCUCGAAGACAGGUGACAAUCCACCACCCCCCUUCAGAAGAAGCUCCUCUUCCUCCUACAACAUAAUGGCUAUGGUGGCCGAUAAGCACAAGGAGCUGCAACUACGAGAAGAAGCCGCUUGCGUGGCGGCCGCGCAUGCGCUGAUGAUUCCCCACAGGACGGCAGGUCCUCAGAACCUCCUGGAGGGUUCAUCGUCCUCCCAACCGCAUCCCUACCAAGGUUUGUUGACCAGCAACCCGAAUUCUACCACGUUUCCUUUCCCCGGCGGUGCGACGCUGUUCUCCCCUGGACCUCCCCAGAUGCACGCCCACUUGGACAGGAGGCUCCUGAGGGCUCCAGGAAGGGCAUCGAGGCCAAAGAAACAGUUCAUCUGUAAAUUUUGCAAUAGACAGUUCACGAAAAGUUAUAACUUGUUGAUACACGAGAGAACUCAUACGGACGAGAGACCAUAUUCCUGCGAUAUUUGUGGAAAGGCUUUCAGAAGGCAGGAUCAUCUUAGAGACCAUAGAUACAUCCACAGCAAGGAGAAACCCUUCAAAUGCGGUGAAUGCGGCAAAGGCUUCUGCCAAUCGAGAACGCUAGCAGUCCACAAGAUCCUCCACAUGGAGGAAUCGCCUCACAAGUGCCCGGUAUGCUCCAGAUCCUUCAACCAGCGAUCAAACCUGAAAACCCAUCUUCUAACCCACACCGACCACAAGCCAUACGAGUGCAACUCUUGUGGAAAAGUCUUCAGGAGAAACUGCGAUCUAAGACGUCACGCCCUGACUCACGCUGUGGGAGAUCUACCAUCUGACGUCCUAGAUUCCGGCUUCAACCCUGGGGAAGAAUCCGGAAAUAGGUCACCAAGGGCUAGCAGUCCUUCAGCAGCCAAUGAUGGAUCCAUGAGGUCGGGUUCUCCGGUGUCUGAAAGAACCCAGUGUCACGAGCCUAGAAGUACUUCCAGUCCUUACACAAUGCGUCCAUCUCACGAUCGCUUAGAUUAUCAAAAUGAUGUAGAUGACGAAGACGAGCUAGAUGAGGAUCCUGAAAUCGAUCCAGGGCAAGAAGAUCAACCCACUUGUUUGAUCAACGAUAAAGUGGAAGAACCACAAGACCCACCACCUACUCCCCCUAUCUACCACCCGCAGUUGCAGAUUAGAAGAGAUCUCCACCACGCCAUGAACCUCAAACCCUCAACAAUCACCAGUGGAUCUUUGGAACCCACCUAUUUAGGAACUUAUCGUAAACGUCUUCUUGAUGCCGAUAGACCAAGAAUAAUGGAUGGAGAGCGUUUUCAAUCUUCUUAUCCGAACGACAGACCUACUCCUCCUAUGAAUCUGAGGAUGCCACCUACCAUUCAGUCUUCCAUCAUGGUAUCGUCGAUAUCUUCAAUGCCUUCCAUGCACCACAUACCACCUCCAAACGUACUGAAACCACCCGAUAACCACGUGGUACCUAGUUGUUCAAGAACAAAGAAUGAUAGUGCCAGUGAACCUGAGAACUCUAACGUACCAAGUGAUCUAUCCAUGAAGAGGCAGGACAUAGGACUGCAACCUCCACAACCAAGGCCACAAGCACCACCAAAAAGGACUGGGUUCACCAUAGAGGACAUAAUGAGAAGAAAAUGAGUUCUGAUUAGUUUUAAAAUGAAUGCAAUAAACUAUAGAACUACAUAUGUUAUUUAUAUAGUUAGUGUCCAUUGGAAGUGAAAAGUUUUGUUGACAAUCUUUACUAUCAGUUUUAUCUCUGUUGUUUUUUCCAAUAUAUAUGAGUUACUUUGAUCCCUCAGAUUUUCUGAAGAUUUAUUAUUUUUAUAAUCUUCGUUAUUUUCUUUGUAAAAUAGAAAAUUGUAUGUAUUGUAUUGUACAUGUCUUUCUCAGUUUGCUAUUUCCGAAAAAUUUUAUUUUCACACAUGAAAUUUUCAGUAAUUCUUGUGUUCUUUUCUUCAACUGAUUCCAAAAUGUAAAACUCGAAUGGCAAAAACCUGAUAAUGGUACAACAAACAUUAAAGCUCAAAAUAGAUGGUGGAAAAAUUAUAGAUUGCAUUUCCCUUAGUUAGCAGAUGUAUAAAAGUCCUUGUUAAAUUGUAAUUCGAUUCAAACGAAGCAGAAGCUGACUUUCAUUAUUGAAAUGGUGGAUCUAGAUUAUUGAUAAAGAAGAUUAUUUAUUAUAUUCGUUUAUAACAUUCCUUUUUCGAUGUAUUGGAAUUUUAUAACCUAUCGGAACCUGUUAUAAUGUUGCAAUUAUGUUAAUUUAAGAUAUCUCGAAAGUUUUGAAGUGAGCAUUAAUAAAAUUUUUUCAUUCCAAUUGUUUCAAUGGGACUAUUUUCAGUUAUCCAUGUAAAUUAAUGCAAAUUCAGGAUAGCUUCGAAACUCUCGACCCAAAAGAGGCGGAAAACUACGUGACUUGUUUUUAUUCUGUCCGAUAUAAAUGUAGAGUACUGGGAUACAAACACAGUUCCUUGCAUCUUAACUUAAGUUAUACUUAUUUGUAAUUAGAAUUGUGCAAUUUACUAUGAACGGGGAACGUCUGACUCGCCCUAAUUCGAAGGUUUUUUUUGUAAAUAUAGGUUAGAUAGAAUGUGAUUUUUUUUUUAUUUUUAAAUUAGGACCUUUGAAUUCUGACGAAUUUUGUUUUAUUUCGGUUUUAAAUUACGGAAUUUUAGAUCUUGCUGCAUAUAUUGCUAAGCAAAGGAUAUUUCAAGAUCUCAUGUGCAGUAGAGUUAAAUUUGUUCGUUUAUUUUAAGAAAAAAAUGUAUAUUUCGAGAUUCGAAUAAAAGUUAGAAACAGUUAA